CGAGUUUUUGUAGCUGUGCAGACACAGAAGUCGCUGAAAUGUCCGGAGGGACAGCCUCAGCAAGCCUGUGACCUUCUAUGACAAACUGGACCAUGGCAUUUCAGGAGGGAUUUAGCUGGGAUUGCUAAACAUGUGCCAAAAAGAGAACUGCUUCUUGGAUUUUUUCAAUCAAGUAGCACUAUAUUUGGACUGGAAACAGCCUGUGGAUGAGCAGGAAUAACCAUUAGAAGGCAAGUGAAAAGUUUCAAGCAGAUACUACAGUCAAGGAAGAAACAACUCUAACGAAUCUGGGCAAGUUUCCAUACUGACUGAAGCAACACUUUUUUCCCAUGACAUCAGACUCAAAACAAACAAUAUAUUAUAGUCCAUAUGUUGAUUAAGGAAAGCCCAAGCCGUGCAGAGCCAUGCACCAGCCUUCAGAACAGCGACUGAACAAAAGCUGGAUCGUUUGCAAGCCAUGGGAGUCAAUGAAACAAACAAAAAGCCCCAAGUUUUCAGGAUAAGGCGCCUGGGUCAGACUUCUCAGCACCAUGAGGUUGUGAAUCCCGAGUGUGAAGAAAGAAGAAGGAAGCUCAGCAAGACUCGACUGGGAAGAAACACUCUGAACCUGGUGACAGGGACUUGUGUGCAAGACUGAGAGAACACUUGGAGUUUUGCACUUCACACUUGGGCUCCUGUUGCAUAGGAAAUCCUAAUGGUGACAGCAAUGAAAGGAAACAGCCCUUCCGAGUUGUGAACUCCUAGCUGCACAUGAAGUACCAACUAUGCUAAAGGCUGCAGAAACACAUGGCCAUGGAAAGCUCCUGCCUCAGAAGCCUAAUGGUGUGCAACCUGCCUGUGAUGAAAUAGAAAUGGUUAAUGCAUGGUUUGCUGAGAGAGUUCACACGAUCCCAGUCUGCAAGGAGGGAACCAAGUCCCAGAGCGAAGCCUGUGCCUGUCACCAGCCUGCCUGUGCCGAGACCACCAGCUCUGGGACACCAGCGAGGAAAAUCUCCGCCUCUGAAUUCGACAGACCCUUAAGGCCUAUUUUUGUCAAGGACUCGGUAGGAGCAGUGAGCUUCCUCUCUGGCUCUGACAAGAAGGAACAGAUGCCUCUGCAAUCUCCAAGGAUUGAGACCAGUGCAGGGGAUCAGUGCUCAAGACUAUUAGAACUUGUGAAAGAUAUUUCUAGUCACUUAGAUGUCACAGCACUUUGCCAUAAGAUCUUCCUGCACAUCCACGAGCUGAUCGCGGCCGAUCGCUAUUCCCUGUUCCUGGUGUGUGAGGACAGCUCCAACGAGAAGUUUCUCGUGAGCAGGCUGUUUGAUGUGGCAGAAGGAUCCACCCUGGAAGAAGCUUCCAACAACUGCAUUCGCCUGGAGUGGAACAAGGGCAUUGUGGGUCAUGUGGCAGCCAUAGGGCAGCCUCUCAACAUCAAGAAUGCCUAUGAGGAUCCAAGAUUCAAUGCGGAAGUUGACCAGAUCACAGGGUAUAAGACUCAGAGCAUUCUCUGUAUGCCCAUAAAGAAUCACAGGGAAGAGGUCGUUGGUGUGGCUCAAGCAAUCAACAAGAAAUCCGGAAUUGACGGCACUUUCACAGAACAGGAUGAAAAGGAUUUUGCGGCGUAUUUGGCGUUUUGUGGAAUUGUUCUUCACAACGCUCAGCUGUACGAGACGUCUCUGCUCGAGAACAGGCGCAAUCAGGUGCUUCUUGACCUUGCCAGCCUGAUUUUUGAAGAGCAGCAGUCUUUGGAAGUGAUCCUGAAGAAGAUAGCAGCCACUAUAAUAUCCUUCAUGCAGGUGCAGAGGUGUACCAUCUUCAUAGUGGAUGAAGACUGUCCUGAUACAUUUUCUAGUGUCUUUCACAUGGAAUCUGAACAAUUAGAGGAUUCAGCUGAAAAUCUGAAGAGGGACUAUGAUACAAACAAAAUCAAUUACAUGUAUGCUCAGUAUGUCAAGAAUACGAUGGAGCCACUCAACAUCCCAGAUGUCUGCAAAGACACAAGAUUUCCAUGGACAAAUGACAGUGCAGAAAAUGCAAGUCGGAGCAUAAAGAGUUUGCUGUGUACACCAAUAAAAAAUGGGAAAAAGAAUAAAGUGAUAGGGGUUUGCCAGCUUGUGAAUAAGAUGGAAGAAAAAUCAGGAAAAAUCAAGGCUUUCAACAGAAAUGAUGAGGAGUUCCUGGAAGCAUUCGUCAUCUUUUGUGGCCUGGGGAUCCAGAACACACAGAUGUACGAGGCUGUAGAAAGAGCCAUGGCCAAACAGAUGGUGACAUUAGAGGUUCUGUCAUACCAUGCUUCUGCUGCUGAGGAGGAAACGAGGGAGCUGCAGGUAACAGUGGCUGCUGUAGUUCCAUCUGCACAAACUCUCAACCUGACUGACUUUUACUUCAGUGACUUUGAGCUGUCAGACUUUGAAACAACACUGUGCACAAUUCGAAUGUUCACAGACCUCAACCUGGUGCAAAAUUUCCAAAUGAAACACGAGGUUCUCUGCAGAUGGAUUUUGAGCGUGAAGAAAAACUAUCGCAAGAACGUUGCUUAUCACAAUUGGAGACACGCCUUUAACACAGCACAGUGCAUGUUUGCUGCUCUGAAAUCUGGGAAAAUCCAGAGCAAACUGACUGACUUGGAAACGCUGGCUUUGCUGAUAGCAACUCUGAGCCAUGAUCUUGAUCACAGGGGAGUGAACAACUCUUACAUACAAAGAAGCGAACAUCCACUGGCUCAGCUCUAUUGCCACUCGAUCAUGGAGCAUCAUCAUUUUGAUCAAUGCCUUAUGAUCCUGAAUAGCCCAGGAAAUCAGAUUCUCAGCAACCUUUCCAUUGAAGAAUACAAGGCUACACUGAAAAUGAUAAAACAAGCCAUUCUUGCCACAGACCUGGCACUAUACAUCAAGAGGAGAGGAGAAUUUUUCGAACUUCUAAGGAAGAAGCAGUUCAAUUGGGAAGAUCCCUCACAAAAGGAGCUAUUUUUAGCAAUGCUGAUGACUGCUUGUGACUUAUCAGCCAUAAGCAAACCAUGGCCAGUUCAGCAACGGAUUGCUGAGCUUGUGGCUACAGAGUUCUUUGAUCAAGGAGAUAAAGAGCGGAAGGAACUCAACAUAGAACCUACGGAUCUAAUGAACAGAGAGAAGAAAAACAAAAUUCCCAGCAUGCAAGUUGGAUUCAUAGAUGCUGUUUGUUUGCAGCUGUAUGAGGCCCUAACAGAUGUGUCAGAGGCCUGCUCCCCUUUGCUGGAUGGCUGCAGAAAAAACAGGCAGAAAUGGCAAGCCUUGGCUGAGCAGCAAGAGAACCUGAUUAAUGGAGAAAGCAACCAAGGCAAACGGAACUGAGAUGCUGAUUUCACCACCACAAGCUCAAGUUCACAUAGGAGACACAGUAAUAAGAGAAUUCUGCAUUUUGCUCAACACUGUAUGAAUUUGGCUUCUGUUUUGUCACUGCUGUAUUAUUUUUUCCACAUUUCAAGAUAUAGCAUGACUGUGUAGAUGCCAAGAUUAUCUGAAGACAGUAUGUUUCUUUUAUAACAUCUGACUGAGAUGGAGAAAGAUCUGCAGGGGUGGUUUUUGCUGCCCCACCCCACAAGAAGGUACUGGUGCAGGCACUGACUGUGCCUGAGAGCCUGUUGCUUUGCAGAUGUACAUAGUUGUUUAGUGAUCAUGUUGUGGCCAGUAUCUGAAAGACUACUGCAUUUUGCACCUUUUCUCUCCCUCUUCCCAUCUUGCUCUGUUAUGUUAUAAAAGGAUUGAGCAGUCUUGCCUGUUCUCUUUCCAGAGGUUCAGAGGAAAGACUGGGACUCACUCUGGGGAGCCUAUUCCAGCAUAAACUAUUGCUAACCUCUCUCAGAAAGCAGAAUUGGGCUCUGAGGUGAGAUGCCCCAAAAUCUGUGCACCCGGUAGGGUUUGGGUUUUUUCCAUAUUAAAUGGAUGUCUUAGCAAAUGUGUUAUUCCAGCUGAAGAAACUUCUAAGACCCCUGUGAGUUACUAGGGAAGAGUCUCGGAGUUUUGUGGUAGAGGUGUCUGAUUAAUCCAUGGCAAAUGGAAACUGCUUGAAGACUGAUGAAAUGUCCACUUAAGGCUGCCAUGCAAGAAUGGCUCCCACAGAAAGCUGCAAGAAGCACGCAGAGAAAUGGAAACAAAACAGGAUUGUUUUUGUACGCUGGUUUUAACUUCAUUUGGAAGUUGACUUGAACAUCAUCUAACCAGCAGACUGGAUCACAGGCAGAAGAGAAUGACUGCAGCAGCAAGAGGUGGAAAGCUGAAUCAGAAUGAUGCAGGAAGAGCAUCCUGGUGACCAUCAAUGACUGAUUCCUCAGGCCAGUGUUACUAUGAAAUGGCUGUGACCACUUGGAAGAAAGUUUUAUGUUAACAUCUCUUAAAAAGCAUUUUCAACACUAGUUAAAAAUGAUUCAUUCUAGUAUCUUGAAGAAAUAGGAAAAAAAUACCAAAAGCAAAAAUAGCCAAGAGUGCUACAGGGAUCUGUCAUUUGUAUGUGAGGCAUUAACAUUCUGAAAAGAAAGAAAUCAAUUAACUUGCACUAGUAAAAAAAAAAAAAAGGUGUAUUAUUUAAAUGAAGAUGAUGAACAAAAAUGGUUUUGAAUUGGGAACCAAUUAAAGAAAAUAUACACAUUGGACAAAUCUGAAAAGAGAAAUACAAGGAGGGUACUCUUCUUUAGGUAGACAGGAUAAGGAGAUGAAUGUCAGCAGUCUAAAAUGCAUUAGCAGCACAAGUAACUUCGGCUGCACAGAGACACAUUAAAUGUUCUGGUUUUUUAAUCUGCAAGAAUGAUUUUUAGUUAAAAUCAGCAGUUGUGUUUGGCAAAAGCAGCACAUUUGGUAUUGCGCUUUCAAGUGUGGGAAUUUAGUUCUAUCUCAAUAACCCAGGAAAUUCUAGUUGGAAACUGCAAUAAAUUCUUCCCAGGAGACUGUCAACCCAACUCAGAAGAGCUGGUAAGAAAGACAGGGAAAACUUCCCUUUUUAUCAAUACUUCCAUUUAGAUAAACACUGCCAGAAGCUAAGACAAGAUGAAGCAAAUACUUCAAAGUAUUUGAUGAUACUGAGUUAUAGAGUUGAUAUUUUUUUAAAUGUAGAACAAGGUAUUCUGACAGUCAGCAGCAUUUCUGCUACCCUAAAUUAUUUGUCACUGUCCUAUCUCAAACUUCUCUAGUGAGCACCAAUAAUAAAUUAUUGCAGCUGUGAAUUUGAAAACAUUUUUCUACAGAGCUAUUUCUCCUUAUUCUGUCCCAACAAAUUAAAAAGAAAAAAAAAAAAAAGAUGGAUUUCAACACUAAGAAUUCCAGGACUGCUGUAUUGCAGUAUUUUGCAAUACUCCAGAUGUGUAUUUCUGUGCAUACAUAGUAUGCAGGUGACAGCAGCCUGCCCCACCAACACAGCCCCACCAAAAAAGGUUUUAGGUACUUUUUGAUAAAUAGAAAACUUUGCUUCAGGAUUUGCAGAGUCCUUGUAUAGUCUUUCCCUUGAGUGCUUGAGAUACUGAAAUAUAAUUAUUAUGCUAACUGAUGAGAAAAAUAUUUAAUAUAAAUAGGAAAAAAAUAUAUGUAUAUAAAGGUGUGUUCUUGCUAUUAUGUUUGAGAUUAGUAACUCAUGGUGACAACACAGCAGGUAACUAUGAUAUCACAGUGUAGUGAUGUAACUUUGACAUUAAUAUUCCAGUAUUUCUUUGCUAUAUUGUGGGUUCAGCAAAGCUUUAUUAUAACUAAAUUUAUAAAUGCUACAAAGGAGUGCUGGAUUCAUAUCUUUGACUUGAAAAAAAAGGGUAUGAUGUUACAUUUUUUUAAAGUCUGACUUAAAAUGAACAUUAUGAAAGCUAUAAAGUAUUUGCAUAUAUUUAAUUACAUAUCUGUACACAUUUAUCCCACAGAAUCUCUUCCACCAUAAAUGUUGGAACAUACAUAUAAAUACAGUUCCGAGUAAAUAAACAUAUAAAUAUAAUAAUACACCUGUAUCUGUAUAUAUAUUUCUACAAAACCAAAGCCUUUACACUACUGGUUUAAGAACCUUAAAAGCAUAGAAAGCUGUAUUUCAUGCAACUCAAAGCCUUUAUAUAAUAUUCACUCUGCCUGAAGGCAAAAUCAGAUUGUGCUGGUUCUGUGUCAUGGCUUUGUUUGAAUCACUUGCAGAAACUGCUCCUUCCUUUCAGUGUGCAGGCAGGCGACAAUGUGGGGAAAAAUCCCCCCAAACCUAGCCUGGCUACAGGUAUGCUGCUUGAAGCUCACUGUUUUCAGAAUUCAAAAUUUUCCAAGCCAGCUGGUGGACUAUAGCUAUGUAUCUUACAUUUAUUUCCUUGUGAGCUGUGUAUCUCAUUAUUUCAGUCGGCUCUCAAACACAUUAUCCCCAGUUUAUAUUGUCUAGCUGGAACAACCAGUGUGGCUUACACAAGAAACCAGCUGCAAUGGAGUUUAUCACUUUAUCAGUUCAGCCUUAAAUGCAUUGAAACCAUUGUCAUGUGUGAGAUUUAAAUCUCUGGGUACAAGAAUUUGUCCCACAAAUUCUUAAUGCUCCUCUCAAUGAAGACAACUAAGUAUCCUACUUGAUCUCAGACACAAACGUUUUCUUUCAAACUCUUUCCACAGCACAGUUUAAUGCUUCAAGUGCACUUCUAUUUCUUGGUUUGUUCUGAAAAAAAUUACUUAUGUUAACAUACACAAAAUUACUGAUUAACCCUACCUCUUUUAAUUCCAGAUAACAGUGAGGCUCUUGGGCUGUAAGUACCAUUUCUUUUCUUUUCCAAGAAAUUAGCCACACGUGCAAUAUGAGCUGUAGCAGGCCUAAGUUUUCUAUUAUCUCACACAGUUAAAGAGAGUGGAGGGGAAAUAAUGUAAUGCUGAUUUUGGAGACGGUGUUAAUUUUUAAUUAGAAGCAGUUUAUAGUUAAGAGUCGAUUACUCAGUCUUCACAGAGCACAUGUACAAGUGAGCUGCUGAUAAAAGGAAACAAUUAAUUUCACUGAUGAUCAGCUGAUUUCUCCUUAGAAGAGAAAACCAAAGCCUGUUUAUAUGCAUCGGCCCCUGACAACUGCAUGCAUCUUUUGAACUCCAACCCAGUACAUUUUACCUGGCA